AAAAAUAUAUUUGUGGCUUUGCAGUUUGCACCUUCGGUGACCUCAUUUCUCGAAUUCUGCGGCGCUAACUCUGUGAACAUUUUCGUCACGUUCUUGCAAAUUCUUUCUAUUUUCAUCGAUCUUCAGUCUAUACAUAGAACUACUCAUCAGUCUACCAACCCCAUUUUCCAAAUUAGCCAUUAGAGAGAUACAAAUUAAGCUCCAAGCCAAAUGAUGCAAGUAAUUGAGAACUUUUGAGCAAUACAAAUGCCUAAAAAUUCAUCUUUUCAGACACCCAUUUGCAAUUAUUAAUCAGUUAGCAGAAAAAAAUUGAGUCUUUGGUAUCAAGUGGAGUAAUAUCGACAUGCUAUUCCAUUUUGAUCUCAAAGAGUUUCAAGAAAAGGUCUCUACUCAGUUCCGACCUUGGCAACGGUCUUUUCAGUUCUGGGUUCGCGCGGCUGAUAUUUAUACUGGUUAUAAAGUAUUUCAGGUAAGAGCAAGUCUGGAGAAGGAUGUGAAGAAACAGGAGAUGAUGUGGGAGAAGCAGCACGAGGUUGCUGCUGACAAGAUAUAUAGCAUGUGUUCUGAGCUUGGUGGGUUUUUCCUAAAGGUUGCCCAAAUAGUUGGGAAGCCAGACUUGGCGCCCGCUCCAUGGGUCAAAAGGCUUGUUACUCUAUGUGAUCAAGCACCAGCUACACCAUACAAUGUGAUUAGGGUAGUGCUUGAGAAGGAGUUCGGUCAAAGUAUUGAUGAAUUGUUUGAAUAUUUUGACAAGGAUCCACUAGGCUCUGCUUCAAUUGCUCAGGUUCAUCGAGCAAGACUCAAAGGUGACAAGAAUGAUGUUGUCGUCAAGGUCCAACAUCCUGGAGUUCAGGAAUUGAUGAUGACUGAUAUCCGCAACUUGCAAGCCUUUGCGUUAUAUAUUCAAAAGACAGAUGUCAAGUUUGAUCUGUUCUCUGUUACCAAGGAAAUGGAGAAACAGAUUAGCUACGAAUUCGACUUUGUGAGGGAAGCUGAAGCUAUGGCAAGAAUUCGGCAUUUCCUUUGCCAGAACAACAAAAGGUCCCCUGUUCGGGUACCUUGUGUGAUACGAGACAUGGUCAGCAGGAGGGUUCUAGUGAUGGAAUACAUUGACGGCAUACCCAUUUUGAAGCUUGGAGAUGAAAUGGAAAAGAGAGGCAUACAUCCUGAUGGCAAGUUAGCGGCAGCUGCAAAACAGAAUAUCCUUAAAAAUCUGUCACUUGCUUAUGGACAAAUGAUACUCAAGAGUGGUUUCUUCCAUGCAGAUCCUCAUCCAGGAAACAUUCUGAUCUGUAAAGGCUCUGAGGUUGCAUUGCUUGAUUAUGGGCAAGUGAAGGAUCUACCUGAUGAACUGAGGCUUGGAUAUGCUAGGUUGGUUCUUGCAAUUGCCGAUAACGACCCAUUAAAGGCAUCAGAGAGCUACAGGGAUCUUGGUAUCGAGACCUUGAGCAAAUGCGAGGAUGAACAAAAUGAAUUGCUUAGGCUGGCACAAACAAUGUUUGACACAAAAUUACCGCCUGGAGUUACGAUGCUGCAACCUUUCGCAGAAGAAUCUUCAAUAAAAAAGAUUGCUGUUAAGGCUUUUCCAGAGGAAUUGUUUUCUAUUCUCCGUACAGUGCACAUCCUGAGAGGACUUAGUGUUGGUCUGGGAAUUAAUUUUUCAUGUGCUGAGCAGUGGAGACCCAUUGCUGAAGAAGUUCUGUAUGUUGCAGGAAGACUUACAGCUAAAGAUCUGAAGCAAAUACAUAGACGUGGAACUUCUAGAAGAAGAUUUUGGAGACAAGUGUUUGGUGUAGGGAAAUGAUCAGUAUGAGCCUACCUGAAAACAUGGUAACUUGUGUAAUUUGUCAUAUUCAAAUUGAUGCCCUUAGCUCCAUCCUUUGUUAUAAAUAAUUCAAUUAUUAAAAUUUUCCUUUCGCGAGUUGUAUUGGCAUAGAAAGGAAGUAUUGUCAAUAACAUUGACUACAAGCAGUUAGUCAUGCUCAAGAAAACAUUGAAUACCAGCACUAGUCUUAUUUCCAGCAGUUGUUAGGUUGUGUCUUGAUUUUCUUUUGGGACCUCAAAGUUGGAUACUUAACUUGAACAAACUGGGCUUGUGAUUGAAGGGGAAAGAAACUUCGCCGGCAGGUGAGCAAUAGGAGAAAGGGUUUUGUGUUUCUCCAAAUUCAUUUUCUACAAUGAACAAAUAACCAUUAGCAUGUCUUGCUCAUGCAUCUUAGUUUUAGUGCUUGAACAAUGAUUUUGCUUGUAUCAGCGCGAAUCUGCUGGGAUUGGAAGAUGAGAUUUUCUGAAAUAUUGAGUUUGCUUUAA